GGAUUAAAUUGAUUCCGAUUAUAAGGUUGGAAAAAUUACAAGAGUACCUUUGUAUCCUCUUUGACUACUAGCUUUAAGCGGAUAUUCAGUAGUAACCUGCUAGGCACGUCGGAGAGUUCUAUACAAAAAUCUUGUGUGCUUGUAAAGUAAAACAUUGUAAGGAAACUAAAAAUCGAAAUUAAUUUUGGUGCUUUAAUAACCUGCCCAAAAUUAUGGCUCCAUGUUGUAUCCAGCUUAAGUAUGCUCUAAUAGGUCUAUAUUUCGGAAGAGACUAUUUUGAUUCAUUUACUUCUUUGUUAUUAAUACCUAUUGAUUUCUGUUUUUGUAAGCUUAAUGUUGGUUAGUACCUAUAAGAUAGAAAAUCUCUUCGUGUUCUCCACGAAAAUUAAAAAUGUAGAAAGUAGGUAGAGUUCCACACGAUUGAUAAUGGUGGUUAAAACGAUUGACACAGGUGCCAAUAUCACUACUAAGGAUCACACAUAUAAAUUGCAGUGGGAUCAAAAUGAUAAACUAGUAGUCAAAGAGGAUACAAAGGUCUAAAGUUUGCUCUAUCGGUCUAACCUGUCAGGCCGUUUGGAGGUAUAAACUUUAUCCAGUACCUUUAGCCUUUAAAUUAUCUAGCACAUGUUAGUAACUUUAGAAUAAAAUAGAUUUUUAGAGGUUAAGUUUUCCACACAUUAACGGAUUUAAAAGGAAAUUGUAGUUUUGACUUUAUCCAUUACUUUUUUAAGGACCAAGCAGGUUGCUCACUUAUAAAUAGAAGAACACGUCGCAAGGAAUUCUUUCUAUAUCCAUAAAUCUGAAACAUAGGUUAUGAUUCUCAUGUGCGUUGGUGCCCGAUGUGCAAAUUCUGCUUGGCGGCAAAAUAACAGGGCACCUUCGACAUUAUCUGAUAUAUUAUCUCGACCUAACGUAAAUACAAUAUUUAUAGAUUGAAACCUAAAAGGAUUUCUGGAUAAAUCUCUAAACAUUGGAUUCUGUAUCCCGUUAAUACUAAUUCCAGAGGAAUUUAGGUUGGUUAUCAGUAGUGAGACAAGCACUCCAAACAACUAAAGAUGCUGGAGAAAGAGAAUCACUGUCUGCUCUGCAAUCAGAGUUACAGGAACUUAUUAGCCUAACACAAGAAAGUUUGGAUGCCCAACAAGCCAAAGCAAACAAAUCGCAGAGUAAUUCUGUCGAUAAUGAUAAUGUAAAUGAAUUAGAUGAUGAAUAUGCUCUAUUUAUGAAAGAGAUGGCAAAAAGUGGUGCCUUUAAAGAUAAGAAUGAUUCAAAGGAUAAAUCUGAAAAUAGCAGCCAAAAUGAAAAUAAUGAAGAUAGUGAUAUAGAGGAUGAGUUAGCCACACUUCUUGGCAUGAGGUGCGCUGUGUACCACACACAUACUUGGGGUGGACAGCCUAGUUUACAUAAUGCCAUGGUCAGCUCUGCGGUGCCACGUCAAGAUGAUGAUCAGUUUACUGACCUUCAGGUGCGAGUUCUGUUUACGCACCCUACUCAUCAAGAAAUGUUACCAUGCCCCUUUUUCUUGAAUGGAGAAUGCAAGUUCAGUGAUGAACAAUGUAGAUAUUCUCAUGGAGCUGUGGUACAGUUAUCAAAUUUAAAAGAAGCAAUUGAACCUAACUAUGCAAAUAUAAAAAUUGGAAGCAGAAUUCUAUUAAAAUUGAAACCACCAGAUGAUGAGGAUAUGAGCGUUGUAAAAAAAUCCACAGAGAAAUAUCACCUGUGGCACAGAGGGGUGGUGAAAGGUGUGGAUGUGGAAAAGAAGUCUUGCGUCGCAAAGUUGGAACAAAACAUCAAAACUGGAGACAAAAGAAAAUCAGCUUCCGACGAAUAUAAUGUACUGUAUGAGGAUAUAUUUCCACUUAGUACGGAAGGUGAUGAAUCGGAUUCGGAGGACAGUUUGAGUGAUACCGAUUACCCAGAUAGCAAAAUACUUAGAACAGAAGAAGAAGCACGCGAACUGCUGAUAGAAAAAAGCUUGCAUAACAAUGCGCCCGCAAUGGGCGAGUGGGAACGGCAUACUAGAGGUAUCGGCUCUCGCAUAAUGCUGUCGAUGGGCUACGUGCCGGGCACAGGACUUGGCGCGGCAAGCGACGGACGCCUGCGACCCGUUGAGGCGCGCGCCACACCGCCCGGGAAAAGCCUGGACCACUGCAUGGCCUUGAGUGAGAAGAUGGCUUCACAGGACCCACUUAAGGUUGAGCAAAAACUGAAAAGACUACAAAAGAAGGAAGAAGAACGCAACAAAAGAGCUUAUGAGAGGGAAAAGGAAAGGGAGAGGAGAAAUGUAUUCAAUUUCCUAAACAACACUUUAGGACAAAAACCGGAACAAACUACUAAUGUAGCCUCUAUCGAUAUCAAACAAUCUACGAGCAAAGAUUUAAACAUAGAACAGUUUAAAUUGGAAGAAGAUUGUAGAAAGAUCGAGAACGAAAUUGUGAAAUUAAAUAGUACUUUAUCUAAAUAUCCUCAAGGCACAAAUGGUUAUAGAAGCAUUGCAAUGCAAGUUUCAGAAAAAAAUAAAGAGCUUAGUACGCUUCGAAACAAGGAAAUGCAAAUUGCAAAAGAGCAAAAACAAAGGAAAGACAAACAGAAAAUGACUGUUUUUUAGCACACGAGACAAGCAGUAAUGUACUUUAUUGAGUACGUAAUAAAUAUUUAUGACAGUAU